CCUAUAACCCCCUCGACAAUAUCGAUCGUUCUCGUCUUUCUCUGAUCUCUUCAUCUUUAUCUUUUCUUCUCAAGUAAACAAGAAUUAAGUAGACGGAUAGUGGUCCAAAUAAGAAGAAAUUAAGGUGAAGUUGUUUAGUUAGAUAAUGCAGCCACCGCGCAGAUAUGGCUUUGGGAGGGUGGAUGAGGCCACGCACCCUGAUUCCAUGCGAGCCACCUUGUCCGAGUUCCUCUCUACCUUCAUCUUCGUCUUUGCAGGGGAAGGCUCUGCUCUUGCUCUUGAUAAGUUGUAUCCCGACACAGCUUUAGGAGCAUCAAGAUUGACGGCCAUCGCACUGGCACAUGCACUGUCACUCUUUGCAGCAGUAGCGUCGAGCAUGAACGUCUCGGGCGGACAUAUUAACCCGGCUGUCACUUUUGGUGCCCUCGUGGGUGGCAGGGUUAGCGUUCUUCGUGCCGUCUACUAUUGGGUUGCUCAGCUUCUUGGUGCUGUUGUAGCCUCUGCCUUGUUGAGGCUUGCUACUGACGGCUUGAGGCCAGUGGGAUUUGGAGUAGCAGCAGGAGUAGGCAACUUGAACGCACUUGUGAUGGAAAUAGUAAUGACAUUUGGGCUGGUAUACACAGUAUAUGCAACUGCCAUUGAUCCAAAGAGGGGAAGUUUGGGCAUCAUUGCACCCCUUGCUAUUGCUUUCAUAGUUGGGGCUAAUAUCUUUGUUGGUGGGCCUUUUGAAGGAGCAUCAAUGAAUCCUGCAAGGGCAUUUGGGCCUGCUCUUGUGGGCUGGAGGUGGAGGAACCAUUGGAUCUACUGGUUGGGCCCAUUUAUAGGUGCAGCAAUUGCUGGACUUAUAUAUGAGUUUGGGCUUAUACAAUCUGAAAUAGCUCCAAUCCACACUCACCAUCAACCCUUGGCUCCAGAAGAUUACUAAAUAGCACAUUCAAGAUUUGUGCUAAGACUCCUAGACUCGUUUCGUGAAGUUUGUCUGUGUUUUAAUGUUGUAGUAGCGUGGAGAGUUUGUUUAAUAGUUACAUUUUGUAAGCCUCUAAAUAAUGGAGUAGCAAUAAUUUAUGUGUUGUCCUUAGUGUUC